AUGUUGAACAUCAAACCCAAUCAAAAUCUCAUAGUCGACUUUCACGCAUCAUGCUAUAAUGCUCUGAUUAAUCCUUUAAUAGAGUGUCUAAGAUUUUCGCCAUUGAUGAAGGUGAUGACAAUGGAUGAAGAUGUUCCUCUUGUUCAUUUGUCCAAAGCUUAUUUAACAUCCAUCUAUAAUAAGAUCGACGAAAUCAUUAACUUUGAAGUUUCUAGUCACAAAACCUCCAUCUCGAAAGCUAAUUUAUGCAAACUUCUAGGGCUUGUUUCGUAUGACAUUGGUGUUGAUCCUUAG